AUGAAAAGAUUGUCACUGCGUCUGACAGUGUUGAAAAUGCUGCUAUGGAAAAUCAAAGCCUUUCAAAUCACAAAGUCGCCUCCAGAUUUCUCACCAACGUUAAAAAAAUUAUCUACUUUUACUUCCAUAGCGAUACAUAAUUUCCUUUUUGUUUCCAAGUCAUCAUCAAUGAAUUUUCACUUGAGAAAGCAUUUUAAUUUAAAACAAUGUUUCGUCCCAUCCUGUUUUCAGAAUUCUUGUGGUGCUGUGAAAAAUCUUCAAAUUGAUUUCAAAUUUAAGAAACAAUUUAAAUUCGUGUCUCGUGAAUUUCCUCAUGCUUCCUACACAUUUGAUCUGAAUGCGCAUUGCGUUUUAACUUUAAUGUGUACUCGCAGUAGAUUCAAAACUUUUCGUGAAUCCACAGAUUUGAUAUCUUCACGAAACAAUCAUCUUGAAGAUUACAAUUUACAUCAAGCUAUGUUGUUUUUACUCAUGAAAACGACAUUAGAUGUUUAA